GGAGUUUAAACAGCUGUUCUCAGAGCACUUCAGAAGCUGUCUAAGUUUAGAAAUGUGGUUCGGAGAAAUCAUCAGGUAAAAUUAAUAUUUCAGUGUAAUAUAUUUUGAUACUGAGUUUUUCAUUGCUAAGGUGAAUACAAAAUAUGGACUAGCAAUAAACACAGAAGUUUCUUAAAAAUUCAAAGCCCCACUUCAGCAAUUGUCGAACAUUAAUGGAAUGUUUGCACUCCUAGUGAUUCAAAGAAGACAGGCAAACUACCUGUUUCCUAUUGUGCUCAUUUGUCUUCUUGCAGAUGAUAAAUUAAUUUAAAUUACUAAUAAAAUACAAUUUAUAUAAUUGCUGUUAUAUAUAGUAGUACACUUGCUCACUGAUAAAUGGGGGAAACGUGCUUGAUGGUACAGGCCUCUUAAGAACCAACAAUUCUGAUUUUCCUUAUUGAUACUAUUUAGCUUUGCAGUGAUGUCCAGUCCCAGUUCAUUUUUCAGGAACUUAGACGCCAAUAGCCCCGCAGCGCUUCAGUGUUUUGUUUGCUUGUAGGAUUAAAAACAACUGCGGUUGGAUCCUUUGUUGCCUUGGUUCUCAGGUGGUGCUGCUCGUUUUCGGCUCAUCCAUUCCCAGGGAGAGGUAGGGAUUAGGUGCCUUCCAGGGAGAGACUGUGGUUGUGCUCGGCAUCAAGUGCAGCUCUGAAAGUGCCUAGUGUAGUGUGUGUUCAAAGAGGAUUUUAACUGUGUUCCUUACCCAGAGUCCAGUGAGCAGGGAGGGACCUUUGUACCUGUUUCUUCCGUGUGAAAACAGAAAAUACUCAAACUCGGAAAAAAAUGGCUCCUGAGAGCUGUCAUCCUUUGCUUUGCACCCUGAUCUGUAGUGUAGUGCUCAGCAUUUGUGGAACAGAAGGACAAAACAGCGCUGAGCCAGAAGUGACGAUUGCACUUGGACGGCUCAAAGGGAAGCAAGUGAACGUGAAGGGAACAGACAGACUUGUAAAUGUUUUCCUUGGAAUUCCUUUUGCAAAAGCACCUGUUGGGUCCUUGAGGUUUUCACCACCUGAACCACCUGAAGCCUGGAAUGAUCUGAGAGAUGCGACUUCCUACCCCCCUAUAUGUCCUCAAGAUCUGACAAUACUAAAAAAAGUUGAAAAAAACUUUAAAGAAAAACACCCUCCAUUCCAAACGUCUGAAGAUUGUUUGUAUCUGAAUGUUUACAGCCCAUCUGGUUCAGACACGAAGGACAAAUUACCUGUAAUGGUAUGGAUCCAUGGUGGCAAUUUUAUAUUUGGUGGGGCUUCUAGGUAUGAUGGUUCUGCCCUUGCAGCCUAUGAGAAUAUUGUCGUAGUAAUAAUUCAGUACAGGCUUGGACUUCUUGGAUUCUUCAGUACUGGUGAUGAACAUGCUCGUGGAAACUGGGCAUUUUUGGAUCAAGUAGCAGCUCUUCGCUUUGUCCAAGAAAAUAUUCAUCAUUUUGGUGGAGAUCCAGGAUCUGUCACACUCUUUGGUGUAUCAGCAGGAUCUUGCUGUGUUUCUGCACAUGUUUUAUCUCCUUUGUCUAAGGGUUUAUUUCAUAAGGCAAUAUCAGAGAGUGGAAUUAUGUUUACCCCUGGUAAAGAUUCACACAUCUCAGCAGAUCUUAAGAAAAUUGCAAAUACGUUUAAGUGUGAGGCAAACACUUCCCUCUCAAUAAUAAAUUGCUUAAGAAACCAGGAAGCAAAGGACAUAGUCUUUAAAAGUACGGAAAUCCCGUUUCUACCCUUAGUUUUGGAUGGAGUAUUUCUUCAUAAGUCAUCUGAAGAGAUAUUAUCUCGGAAAGAAUUUAAUGCAGUCCCAUAUAUGAUAGGAGUCACCAACAAUGAAUUUGGCUGGAAUAUUCGAUCUACAUCAACAAUGCCGGGUUUGAAGGAAGUGGGAAAUAGAAAGUCAAUCGCAUCAACUUUGGAGAUGCUGCGUCCAAUGAUAGGUAUAUCAUCAGAGCUUCUGCUUGUGGUAAUGGAUGAGUAUCUAGGAGACACAGAUGAUCCUGCUGAACUACGGGACCGAUUUUUGGACUUGCUGGGGGAUCUAGCAGUUAUUAUACCAUCCAUAAAAACACUGAACUACCAUAGGGAGUCAGGAGCUCCAACCUACUUGUUUGAAUAUCAACAUCGGCCAACUUUAUACUGGGAUAAUAAACCAGAUUAUGUGAAAGCUGAUCAUGGAGAUGAAGUUAGCUUUGUCUUUGGAGGACCAUUUCUGGCUGGUGACAUCCGCCUGCGCGAUGAAGUUACAGAGGAAGAAAAGAACCUUAGUAGAACUCUGAUGAAGUACUGGGCUAACUUUGCUCGAAAUGGAAAUCCAAAUGGGGAAGGUUUGGUUGAAUGGCCAUCUUACAACCUAAAUGAAGAAUACUUAGAGAUAAAUUUAAAACAAAAGAAAGCCAGUAAACUGAAAGAAAAGAAGGUAGACUUCUGGAGAAAGGUGAUAUUUGAAAAGAUCAAUAGUGAAAAAACAGAAAACAGGAAGGUUAAUUCAGAGUUAUAGUUUACAGACUAAACCUAUGCACAAUAGGCAUACUGUUAUGCCUAUUAAUUAUGUAUUAGGUAAUUAUGCCUAUUAAUUACAUAUUAAUUCCUGUUAUGCCAAAUUAAUUACGUAAAAUAUUUUUGAGGAUAAAAUAAUGUUUCUCUUCCUUUUUCUUUCCCCUUGUCACAUUUACAAAUAUUCACCAUAAUGAUUUCUAUUGAGCUGUUUCCAUUUUGUGAUCCUGGGUUCAUGUCCACAUUAGAACUCUCAUUUAUUAAAAGUAGUUACCAGGUUUCUCUCCUACUUGGGUUUUAUAUGUCUUUCCUAUGACUGAAGACAGAAUAUAGCAGC